UGAGUUGCACAACGUUUGCCCUACACAAGAUGAUUAACACGGCAGGGUGUGCAUAUGAUGGUGAGGUGCUUCCUAUGGGAAUGGUGGGUGGACGGCAGCAGCUCGAAGAACUACAGCGACAAGCUGCGCUUCAAACGAAGGUCCUAUCUCUCCAAGAGCAAGCAGAAAUGCAAGCUCGCCGUGCUGCUGCGGCAGAAAGGAAGAAACAGAUGGAUGGCAAACCCAACCAGCUGCAGGAAGAGCUGCAAAAGAAGUUGGCGCGGCGAAGAGCAGCAAUGGAGGCAGCUGAGGAUUCCAAAGCGGGAGAGGGAUCACCGGCCAACGGAGACGCGGCACUGUCGCCACUUGAUCCACUGGAAACUGGUCAGCUGCAGCCUUCGCAGCUCUCAGUUCCAACAAGGCCGACUCUGUUAGAGUCGACCCAGUCUGCAAAAGCCUCCCAUGAUCGUUCAGACCGAUGUACUUCGGAGGUGUCCGCGUCGAAAUCGAAGCCGACAGCUCCACAGCCCCCCGAGCCUGCGGUGCCUGCGGUGCCUGCGGUGCCUGCAGUGCCUGCAGUGCCUGGGGCACGAGCACAGCCCAGAUGUCAGGUGACGCACGUGCAACAUGUACAGUACGCUCAGCAGCACGUGCAGCACGUCCAAAAUGUGCAAGAAGUCUUGGAGAGCGAAGGAGUCUCUCCCGGUUUCACCAUAAGAGAGCAGGUUUGGGAGCAGCAAUCUGGGCAGCAGAACGAGUGCUGCGCACUGCAAUGACAUGCAAAGGCUCCCUCCCAGCUCAAUGUAUUGAAAGUCCAGCGUUUUGAUGUCUUCUCUUAAUUUCACACACCUCCUGCAAGCAGAGAGUGUCUUAAUCCCAAAGAGGAUGCGCUAUCGUACACUGCUUUGGGGAAAGAG